AGGGAAGUUGAAGGAGCUUACACUGAAGGCGUUCAUAUGGAUUUUCACCAGUGCACUUGUGGGAUUCACAAUUCCUGGUUUCGCCUACAUUGGCCUCGGAGACACAUCGCCAGGAUAUGCGGUAAACUUCUAUAACAUCAUACCGAUUGCCGCCUUCAUCCUCGCGGUUCUUUUCAGGAAGGAGCCACUGGACAUGAGGAGCCUGGUGGGGAACAUCAAGGUCGUCGGAACCCUAGUCUGCGUUGGAGGAACGCUGGUGAUCAGCCUGUACAAGGGCAAGGUGCUGCACCUUUGGCCCACAAAUAUCAUUGGCUACCACCCGAAGCAAGCCGGAGCUGCUUUUGGUCACCACCAUGUGCGUGGAACCAUCUUGCUCAUCACCAGCAGCCUCAGCCUCGCCGUCUGGUACACAGUACAGGCUCAGAUGCUAAAAGUGUUCCCAUAUAAGUACUGGUCCACUGUCGCUACAUGCUUCGUGGGGAGCAUCCAAACGGCUGUCGUGGGGGUUGCGAUGAACAGAGAGAAGGCAACAUGGGCGCUCAAAUGGAACAUGAGCUUGCUCACCAUUGUGUACUCGGCAAUACUCAACACUGCUGCCAAAUUUGUGAUGAUUUCGUGGGUCGUCACGCAGCGUGGGCCAACCUAUCCGGCCAUGUUUUGCGCCGUGACGGUGUUCUUCACUACUAUUCU